AGAAGACUGAGUGUAAUGGUCUGCUCAGUUCCACAUUGAGAAAUGCUGGCAAUGCUACACUGUGGAAAAAAGCAAAUUGGGGCUUUUCUUGCAUGUAUUCUUAUUUUUUCAAGUGUUUUCCUCUGCUACAUGAAAGAUCUUCAGCUACUGAAUAACACAGCAAGGAAAAACUUCCCCCAAGCAGCUACAACAACAGCCAGUCCAGUGAUUGAGCUUUGUAGGGUAAACUCUGCUCAGAAUGCAAUAACACCAUUAAAAGAUAACAGAACUUUUAUUAUAACCCCUUACUUUGAUGACAGAGAAAGGAAACUCACUCGUGUGAUUGGGAUUGUUCACCACAAGGAUGUGAAAGAACUGUACUGCUGGUUCUGCUGUGAGCCUGAUGGAAAGAUCUAUGUAUCCAAAGCAGAUAUUGAUGUUCACACAGACAGGUUUGAUUUCCCUUAUGGUGCAACAGAUAUAAUUUGUUUGGAACCUAGAAGCUGUGAUCCCACACAUGUAUCCAUUCAUCAGUUUCCACACGGGGAUAUUGACCAGCUGCCAAGGUUUGAAAUUAAAAACCGGAAGGCUGAGCCCUUUUCUGUAGACUUCACCCUCUGCAUCUCUGCCAUGUUUGGAAACUACAACAAUGUCUUGCAGUUCAUACAGAGUAUGGAAAUGUACAAGAUUCUUGGGGUACAGAAGGUGAUGAUCUAUAAGAACAACUGCAGCCACCUGAUGGAAAAAGUCUUGAAGUUUUAUAUAGAAGAAGGAAUUGUAGAGAUAAUUCCCUGGCCAAUAGACUCACAUCUCAAGGUGUCUAGUAGGUGGCAUUAUUCCAUGGACCCCAAAGACCUUGGCUACUAUGGACAAAUCACAGCUCUAAAUGACUGUGUGUAUCGUAACAUGCGGAGGAGCAAGUUUGUGAUUCUUAAUGAUGCUGAUGAGAUAAUUCUUCCCCUUAAGCACCCAGACUGGAAAACGAUGAUGGACAGCCUUCAGCAGCAAAAUCCAGGGGUUGGCGUUUUCCUCUUUGAGAAUCACAUCUUUCCCAAAACUGUAACUACUCCUGUGUUCAACAUUUCAUCCUGGAAUGCUGUGCCAGGUGUUAACAUACUGCAGCAUGUUCACAGAGAGCCCGACAGGAAAGAAGUUUUCAAUCCCAGGAAAAUCAUAGUGGAUCCAAAAAAAGUGAUUCAGACCUCAGUCCACUCUGUCCUGCGUGCUUAUGGCAGGAGUGUGAAUGUCCCUAUGGAUUUUGCCCUCGUUUACCACUGUCGGGUGCCCCUUCAAGCAAGCCUUCCCAGAGAAUCCCUCAUCAGGGACACAACACUGUGGAAAUACAACUCAUCAUUAAUCAUGAAUGUUAAUAAGGUGCUACAUCACACCGUGCUGCAAAAUCAAGGGAGGGAAAGUGCAGAGCCAGUGUACGGUAGUGAAGCAGAGGAUGUCACUUAG